UUCGGCGGAGUGAACGACGGACUAUUUACUCAACAGUUGCUUAAUUUUAAACUUGUCCUAAAGCAAUUACGACAUGGCCCGUACCAAGCAGACUGCCCGUAAAUCUACCGGAGGAAAGGCGCCAAGGAAGCAGCUCGCUACCAAGGCAGCCAGGAAGAGCGCCCCAUCCACAGGGGGGGUGAAGAAGCCCCAUCGUUACAGGCCUGGAACUGUGGCUCUGAGGGAGAUCCGUCGUUAUCAGAAGUCCACAGAGCUGCUCAUCCGCAAGCUGCCCUUCCAGCGUCUGGUGAGAGAAAUCGCCCAGGAUUUCAAGACUGACCUGCGUUUCCAGAGUGCUGCCAUCGGUGCUCUUCAGGAGGCCAGUGAGGCUUACCUGGUGGGUCUGUUUGAGGACACCAACUUGUGCGCCAUCCACGCCAAACGUGUCACCAUCAUGCCCAAGGACAUCCAGCUGGCUCGCAGGAUAAGGGGAGAGAGAGCCUAAAUGGCUAGUGGCAGCAAUUGUCAAGAUGAUCCUAUUUAUCGUACCUAACCAUAUUUUUUUUUUCGUGGACACUUUUAUUUCUUGGGUAUUUUUUAUAAGUUUUCUUUUGGAUUUUGUAUUGUAUGUUUAGAGACAAUAUGUCAGCCAUUCCACAAGCCUGAGUAAACUUAGGGUAGUUGGAAAUGUUGUGCAGUAGGACUUAUCUACCUGUUUCCAUCAUGGGUCAUAACAGUCGUCAUUGCCACCCCUCAAGUUGUUGUGGGCAUCAGGCUCCCUCUGGGGGAUGGAGUUGUCUUUUUGAAGCGAGGAUGAAUUCUUCACAUCUUCCAUGGGGUCCAAGGUUUUACUUCGCCCAUCUACCAUUUUACCACAAAAUGCCAGCAUGUCUUGCUCAACAGGCCUCACCGCAGUGUCAGGAUGUCUUCUGCCACAGUUGAUACUCUACACUCGGUGACAAAGAGCAUGGCAGACCCCCCUCUGUAUUUUUCUGGACUGCUUUUUACAUGUUUUCCAACAUAAAAUCUUGGCAGCUACAUUUAAUACUAUUUAUGAAAUUGUUGUCACAUGUCUUUCUAUUAAAGGUCUUUAUGAGUAGAA